AGUGACUUCACUAGCAACCGCAAAAGCCUAUUCCAACCACACUACCUGUGCGCGCCCUCCCAGACUUCUAUUUGCAGCCAUGCCAACCGCAACACGUCCUGCCAUCCCACCGGUGGUCAUGGACAACGUCACGCAACAAAUUGGCAACACGCCGCUCGUUCGCCUCAACAAGAUACCGCAGUCGCUUGGCAUCAAAGCCCAGGUGUACUGCAAACUGGAAAUGUUCAAUGCCGGCGGCUCCGUCAAAGACCGCAUCGCCCUGCGCAUGAUCCAACAGGCGGAGGCCAGCGGGCGCAUCAAGCCCGGUGACACGCUCAUCGAGCCUACGUCCGGCAACACGGGCAUCGGGCUCGCCCUCGUGGCCGCCGUGAAGGGCUACAGGACAAUAAUCACGCUGCCGGAGAAAAUGAGCCCGGAGAAGGUCGCCGUGUUGCGUGCGCUGGGCGCCGAGAUCAUCCGGACGCCCACAGCCGCCGCAUUUGAUAGUCCCGAGAGCCACAUCGGGGUCGCGAAGAGGUUGCAGAAGGAGAUCCCUAAUGCGCAUAUUCUGGAUCAGUACUCCAAUCCGGACAAUCCCCUGGCCCACGAGUUUGGGACUGCCGAGGAGGUGUGGGUGCAGACCGAGGGGAGGGUGACAUGUGUUGUGGCUGGUGCGGGUACCGGCGGCACCAUCACGGGGCUUGCGAAGGGAUUGAGGAAACACAAGAAGGAUAUCAAGAUUAUAGCGGCAGAUCCGGAGGGUAGUGUUUUGGCCGUGCCGGAGAGCUUGAAUAAGGAGCACGCGAAUGAGGCGUACAAGGUGGAGGGAAUUGGAUACGACUUCAUCCCGGAUGUCUUGGUCCGAGACGAGGUGGACAAGUGGUACAAGACCGAUGACCGGACGGCGUUUGGGUAUGCGAGGAGGUUGAUUGCUGAAGAAGGCAUCCUUUGUGGAGGAUCGAGUGGGAGUGCACUCGACGCCAUGGUACGGGCCGUGCAGGACCUUAAUUUAACCGCGGAUGACGUCGUCGUCGUCAUUCUACCAGACAGUAUACGGAGCUAUCUCAGCAAGUUUGUCGAUGAUGACUGGCUCGCCGCCAACGACCUCCUUCCCCCAACACCGCCCUUAUCUCCAAAUCUAGCUAUACCAACACCAUCUUCUCCAUUAUCACGUACUCGAUCCCAUUCAAUCAAGAACGACCCCUUCCAUGGAGCCACCAUCGCCUCACUGCGCCUCAAACCCGUAACCACUGUCCCAACCACAUCGCCCUGCACCGAAGCUAUCGAAACUAUGCGCGAGAAAGGCUUCGAUCAACUCCCAGUCUCCCUCUACCCAGCUGGUUCCGGAAAGCCCCGACUCGUAGGGCUUGUCACCCUCGGUAACCUGCUAUCCUGGAUGAGUAGUGGAAGGGCGGGACCGAAGUCCAAAGUUGAAGAUGUGAUGUUCGAUUUCCGUAAGCUUCCCGAGGUUGUGACAGAUUUAGGGCAUCUGCAUCUUGGCAGCGAGGAGGGGAAGCAAAAGGAGCCUAGACGAGAGUUUGUUGAGAUCACGAAAUAUACAAAGCUCAGUGAUCUUAACAGGUUCUUUGAAUGGAAUAGUGCGGCGGUGGUAACUGAGAGGGUUGAUGGAGAACUUAGAGCGAGUGCAGUGGUUACGAAGGUGGAUCUUUUGACGUGGCUAGUGAGGCAGGAGAGUUUGAAUGGGCCGAAAUAGAAGAAGCAUCCUAGUAGAAUGGAAUAGCACCCAAAGCGCUGAAAGCAGAGUAGGAUUGCAUUAAAAGAAUUGGGUCAUGGCUUAGAGCAACAGAAUAGAUACUUGAAGCGUAGGUGUUUGGUGUUCAACACCUGCCGAGGCUUCUCCUUUUUGGCUGAAGGUGAAGGUGUUAUGGUAGAUGCUAGAUUAGACUUCAACGUCUACUGGUUCUCUUUCUUGAGAACUUACUUCCAUCGAAUAUUCAUUCUAAUCUCCC